CAAGGAGCCACUGGUAGCAAGAGAUAUCGAUGGACGACUAAUCGGAAGGUUCAGCUGGCUACCAGUAAGGUGAACAGCCCGACUCUCUUUGAUGAGGCCUUACACCAGGACUUGGCAGACUUUCAGGUCCAGUACCCCGCCCUGACAUUGCUCCAAUACGUUGAUGACCUCCUCCUGGCGGCCACUUCGGAGAAAGAAUGUCAGGAGGGCACAAAAGACCUCCUACAGACAUUGGGACGAUUAGGAUAUCGGGCAUCAGCCAGGAAGGCUCAGAUAUGCCAGGAACAAGUCAUUUACCUAGGUUAUCAAUUAAAAGAUAGACAGAGAUGGCUGACCGAGGCGCGCAAACAGACUAUCACUAACAUUCCUGCUCCCCGGACCCCCCGCCAGCUGAGAGAGUUCCUGGGAACAGUGGGAUACUGCCGCCUCUGGAUCCCAGGGUUUGCAGAGGUGGCUGCACCCUUGUAUCCAUUAACUAAACAAGGAACAAUGUUUGAUUGGGGAGAGGAACAACAGAGGGCUUUCAAAAACAUUAAGAAAGCCUUAUUAGCCUCCCCUGCUUUAGGCCUCCCUGACAUUACCAAGUCUUUCAAUUUGUUAGUGGAUGAAAAACAGGGUUAAGCUAAAGGGGUCCUAACUCAAAAACUGGGCCGUUGGAGGCGUCCUGUAGCUUACCUCUCAAAGAAACUCAACCCAGUAGCUUCAGGGUGGCCGCCCUGUCUGCAAAUGGUAGCAGCGAUUGCAGUCCUCACCAAGGACGCGGGUAAACUGACUCUGGGCCAGCCAUUGACUAUCCUGGCGCCCCAUGCGGUGGAGGCCCUGGUCAAGCAGCCUCCAGACCGCUGGCUCUCUAAUGCCCACAUGACCCAUUACCAAGCCAUGCUCCUGGAUACGGACCGGGUGCACUUCGGACCUGUGGUCGCUCUUAAUCCCGCGACCUUGCUCCCCCUGCCGGAGGAAGCGGAACACCAUGACUGCCUCCAGAUCCUUGCGGAAAUAUACGGGACCAGGCCGGACCUGACAGAUCAACCCCUCCGAGAUGCUGACUAUACUUGGUACACGGAUGGCAGCAGUUUCCUGGCAAAUGGGGAACAAAGAGCGGGGGCGGCAGUGACAUCGGAGACUGAGGUAAUUUGGGCAGAAGCCCUCCCCGCAGGCACCUCCGCCCAGAGGGCUGAACUCAUCGCUCUGACCCAGGCACUCCGGAUGGCAGAAGGUAAGAGGCUAAAUGUUUAUACGGAUAGCCGAUAUGCCUUCGCCACGGCUCACAUACAUGGGGAAAUUUAUCGAAGAAGAGGGCUGCUGACCUCAGAAGGAAAGGAAAUUAAAAACAAACUUGAGAUACUGGCACUCCUAAAAGCCUUAUUUUUGCCCCAAAAAUUAAGUAUUAUGCACUGCCCUGGGCAUCAAAAAGGCCAAAGCCCUGAGGCAAAGGGAAAUAGACUGGCAGAUAACACUGCUCGAGAGAUUGCCAUGAAAUCAACCAAGACCUCCCAAGCUUUCCCCUUGAAGAACCGGGAAGAGGCCCAAGCCUCCAGUUCGUUACCCUAUAGUAAAGAGGACAUUGAUCUCCUAAAGAAAAUGGGGGCCACAUAUGACCCCAAAAAGCAACAUUAG